AUGAUCCGGAUGAUAAGUCCGCAACCCUAUUUCCGAUCCCUCUUCCUGCUCCUCUGCCUCCUCCGGCACGCCUCCUCGGACCUCGUCGGCGACGCUUGCGGCCAGAUCGCAGAUGGGGACCCAAAUGUGGACUACGCCUUCUGCGUGGAGUCCCUGCGCCCGUCGGCCAGCGCGACGGCGCGGGACCUCCGCGGCCUCGCGGCGGCCGCGGCCAGGCUGGCGGCGGCCAACGCGACGCGCGCAGACGCAGCGGCGGCCGCAGCGAUGCGGGGGCGGGCGGAGAAGAUGGGCCGCUACGAGCGGUCGUGCCUCGAGAGCUGCCAGGAGCUCUUCGAGGGCGCGGCGGAGGACCUCGCGGAGGCGGCGAGGAUGGUGGAGGGUGGGCGGUUUGAGGACGCCGGCGUGCGGCUGAGCGCAGCAGUGGACGCGCCGGUGACGUGCGAGGACGGGUUCCGAGAGGGCGGGAUCGCGUCGCCGCUCACGGCGGAGGACGGCGAUCUGUUCCGGCUAGCGGUCAUCGCCCUCGCCAUUAAUGCUCGCCUAAAAUAAGGAAAGAUUAAUUUAUAUAUAUGUAUAGUAAGUUUUGGUCAAAAUAUCGACUUGGAUACCUUUGGUAAAAUCGGAUGGCUAUUUUGAUGAUUUCAAAUUAUUGAGGGGUAAAUUGCAACAAUAUUCCACCUGUCAAUGAUAUGGUACCCCAG